ACCAACCAAUGUCUGCAACUUCCAAAAUUUCUCCUCUCUGACUUCCCCCCCACACCUAACAAAAACCCCACCACUCUCACCGAAAACCAGAUGGUCUGGUGAGCCUCUCUUCCUCUUCUUCCCCUAAAUCUCCUCCAUCACCAACCCAAAACCCAACAAUGGCUUCCUUAUCCCUCCCCUCUCCCUCCUCUCUAUCCUCCCUCCAUCACAAUGCCUCCUCCUCCCAUCUUAUGUUACGCUCAUCUUCUCUCAACCUCCGUUCUUCCCCCCCCACCCAACAUUACAAGGCUCUUUUCAUCAGAGCCAAGGUAGUCCCCCUCUCCCAAGAUGAUCUCAAGAAGCUCGCCGCCGAUAAGGCCGUGGAGUCUGUCAAAUCCGGAAUGGUUCUCGGUCUUGGCACCGGCUCCACUGCCGCCUUCGUCGUCGACAAGAUCGGCAAACUCCUCUCUGCCGGCGAGCUCUCUAAUAUAGUGGGUAUCCCCACUUCGAAGCGCACCGAGGAGCAGGCUCGUUCGCUCGGAAUCCCCCUCUCCGUCCUUGACGAACAUCCUCAUAUUGACCUGGCUAUCGACGGCGCCGACGAAGUUGACCCAAAUCUUGACCUUGUUAAAGGCCGUGGCGGUGCUCUUCUGCGGGAGAAGAUGGUGGAGGCCGCCGCUGAUAAGUUCAUAGUAGUCGCGGAUGAGACCAAACUGGUUUCUGGGUUGGGCGGCAGCGGACUCGCCAUGCCGGUGGAGGUGGUUCAGUUUUGUUGGAAGUACAACCUGGUGAGGCUGCAGGAGCUGUUCAAGGAAAAUGGGUGUGAGGCAAAGUUGAGAACGGAUGCGGAUGGGAAGCCUUAUGUCACGGAUAACAGUAACUAUAUUGUGGAUUUAUAUUUCAAGGAUCCAUUGAAAGAUGGGUUUGCUGCAGGGAAGGAGAUUGAGAAGCUUGAAGGGGUUGUGGAACAUGGCUUGUUUCUGGGUAUGGCGACUUCUGUCAUUAUCGCCGGUACAGAUGGAGUUGAUGUCACGACCAAGUGAAAACCAAAAAGGAGGUUCACUUUUCUUCUUUUUUUCUAUUUUUUUUUUGUAAUUUGUUCAUCAUUUGCCUUGUUUACUUGUUUUGUUUCUCCAUGAUUUUGGGAUUGUAGAAUUGUGUUUUGGGUAACUUAUAGAAAUUCUGUAUCUUGAAGCAAUGUGGAUUAGUGGGUAGGAGCAUUGCAAUGAAAAUUUGCAAUUUUGAAUAAUUGGACAUGAAAAGAUUCAUGCUUUA